AUGCUGGCUCUUCCAGGAGCCCUGUGGCGGCGUCUGGGACGGUCGUACCGCGUUUUAAGCAUCGAAACGUCGUGCGAUGACACCUGUGUCGCAAUUCUGGACCGCAGCUCGCGCUACCGCGCACCUGCGGUGGUGUGCCACUAUCGAGAGACGCUGGACAGCGCCAGCGACGGGGGUGUUGUGCCGACGAAAGCGCACGAGCACCAUCAGCGGCGGAUCGGGGGACUGGUGGGCCGGGCACUGGAAUCCGGGCCUGUGGACCUGAUUUGCGCGACACGCGGACCGGGGAUGCCCGGGUCGCUGUCUGCAGGACUGACGUUCGGCAAGGCCCUAAGCGUGGGCCUCCGGCGGCCGCUGGUCGGGGUGCACCACAUGGUGGGGCACUUGUUGGUGCCGCGGUUGGCCAGCAACGGGCGGGAGCCGCAGUUCCCGUUCCUGAGCCUGCUGGUGAGCGGCGGACACACAAUGCUGGUGCUUUCGCGCAGCGCGGUGGACCACGAGGUGCUCUGCAACACGAUCGACGUCGCUGUGGGCGACGCGCUGGAUAAGUGUGCGCGCGUGCUAGGUCUGCGCGGCAACAUGAUUGCGCGGGAAAUGGAGCGGUUCAUCGACGAAGACCCGCCGGGCGCGCGGCGCCGCGAACUGCUUCCGCUGGUGCUGCCCACGCCGCUCGCGAACAAGGCGAAGCGGCGCGACGUACAGGCGUUUUCGUUCUGUCCGUUCAUCACUGCGGUGAAUAGGGGCCUUGAGGGCCACGCGGCGCCGCUGUCCGAGGCGGAACGCCGGGUAGCAGCAUUUCAGAUUCAGGAGGCCAUAUUCGACCAUUUGAUUACCAAGAUUAACCUGGUGCUGCGGCUCAAUGCUGAUAAGGUUGCUGAUGUGGCACAGUUUGUGUGUUCCGGCGGCGUAUGCGCCAACCGGCGCCUGCGUGCCAGACUCGAGACUGAACUAUUCAGACCGUUCGACUCCUUUCACUAUCCAGCUCCAGAUCUAUGUACAGACAAUGCGGUGAUGAUCGGCUGGGCGGGCAUCGAGCUCUACGAGGGACACGGCCUGACGACAGACGUUGCCGCGCUGACCAUUGCGAAGUGGCCGAUAGAUGAGCUGCUAGCAGUGCCUGGUUGGGUCAGCGCCCGGCCAGCGGGUGAUACGUAG